UUGACAUUAUGUCUUCCCAAAAGAGAUUGCUUUAGAAAUGACUCGAGUAUCGUUCAUCGUUUGCUUGGAUAAGAAUCUUUUCCUAAACCGUAAUAAAUUUUCAUCUGUUUGUUCUCGACAACCUUGUUGUGCGUUUCACCACAAAUAUAGGUAUCCAAUUAUGGCUUCACAAGACGAUAGAGAACAACAGUUGCAACAAAUAAGUCGCAUAAUCCAUGGCUAUACAGGUGCAAGGACACUUAUGACUGCAAUACAGUUGAGUGUUUUUACUCAUAUAGCUCAAGGAAACCACUCAGUGGAACAAAUAGCAAGAGCUGCAGACGCCAACUCUCGGGGUAUCAGCAAGUUGUUGGACGCUUUGGUUGGCAUGGAAUUUUUGAAAAAGGACAAACCCAACCAUUAUGAACUGCUACCUUGUAGUGCCAGGUUUUUGGUGAAAUCAAGUCCAGAGUAUGUAGGUGCUAUGCAUGAGAACGAUGAUCACUGGAUUGCCUGGUCCAACUUGAACAAUGUAAUCAAGACAGGUCAACCUUGUAUGACAGUUGAUCAGGAAAAGAAGGCAGAAGAGUUUUUCCCGCAUUUGGUAAAAUCUCUACAUCAAAUGAGCUUGGGUAAGGCCAAUCGUUUGGCUGAAAAGUUGCUGGAAGGAAGACAGGAUGUUGCUUUGGAAGUAAUCGACAUUGCUUGUGGCUCUGGUGUAUGGAGUAUUCCUUUGGCUGAAAAGUCCAACAAAGUUAGGGUUACUGCACAAGAUUUUCCAAAGAUAUUAGAACUGACCAAGUCUUAUGUACGACAUCAUGAAGUGGAUAAACAAUUCAACUAUUUAGCAGGUGACUUGAAGACGGUAGACUUGGGUGAACAAAAGUAUGACAUUGCUAUUCUUGGGAAUAUUGUGCAUUCGGAAGGAGAAAAAUCUUCCAAGACAUUGUUUCAUAAGCUGGCUCAAGCCUUGAAACCUCAAGGGAAAGUUGUGGUUAUUGAUAUGUUUCCAAAUAAUGAGCGUACUGGACCUGCUUAUCCUUUGUUAUUUGCUCUCAACAUGUUGGUAAAUACGACAGAAGGAGAUACUUUUACUUUUGAAGAAUAUCGUCAGUGGUUUAUAGAAGCAAAUAUUCCUCAUGUUUCGAUGUUGGAAGUUGCUCCAGAAUUUUCAGUCAUAGUAGCACAACUAGCUUGAUUUGUCUAUUUUCAUAUAUAUAUAAAAUAAUAGUUUGUGUGGUUUCAUUCCCUAUUUUUGCAUCAUGA